AAUAUCUUCACUGGAGGGGACAAAAGCACGUUCACUUGUGCCACCGACAAAAUUAUAAAUCUUUCAUUUUUUUUUCUUCUCUUAGAGAAAUCAUUCUCUGUACAAAAUUUUGUAGAAACAUAGACAACAUCAUCGAGAUCCCGUCAAAGAUUCGUCCUUUUUUUUUUUCUUGUUAACUGAGCUGAAGAAGCCUAAGAUCCAAUUUGAUAACUGGGUUGUCUGAAAGAUUCGAUCUUUGUUUCGACUCGCUGUUUCUGAAUCAAGAUUUAUGGUAUGUAAUCUCGAACUCUACUGAAACCCACUUCACUCUCGCAAAAAUGGAGACGGAAACAACAAAUCUCGUAGGAGGCAGUCAUGUUUUGCGGAAAGCAGAGCUAAAAUCAUACAGUCACAAGCAGUUUCACUCUUCAAAUGCAUUAGAGAUCCUGAGAGAAUCCGUUCGAAUCCUCCGGUACAAUCUAGGUGCUUUCAUGAUAACAACUGCUGCUUUGAUCUGUCCUGUCUCUGCUUUGAUCUUACCGAACUUUUUAGUUGAUCAAUCAUUAGUGAACAAACUCACAGUGAAGCUUCUCUUAGUGGCAAAGUCAAGUGGUCUUCCUUUGCAGCCUUUUGUCAAACACUCUUGUCAGAAGUUCGCUGAAACCUCUGUUUCGUCUGCAAUGUGUUUCCCUUUGUUCAUCACUGUGUCUCUCUUGUCUAAAGCAGCUGUGGUUUACUCAGUGGAUUGCACUUACUCGAGGGAAAAAGCAGAGAUUAGCAAGUUCUUUGUUGCAUUCCAGAAAAUAUGGAAACGAGUUGUGUUCACUUACCUAUGGAUUUGCACUCUGAUUGUUGGUUGCUUCACUUUCUUCUGCGUUCUUCUUGUAGCAAUCUGCAGUUCCUUCUCUGUCCUCGGCUUCUCUCCAGACUUCAGUGUUUAUGGAGCCAUUUUAGUUGGUUUAGCAUUCUCUGUAGUUUUCGCCAACGCGAUUAUCAUCUGCAACACCGCUGUUGUGAUCUCGGUUCUGGAAGAUGUUUCAGGGAUAGGAGCAUUGGUGAGAGCUAGUGAUCUGAUCAAAGGGCAUAUUCAGGUUGGUUUGUUGAUGUUCCUUGGGUCAACUUUAGGAUUGGCAUUUGUGGAAGGCUUGUUUGAUCACAGAGUGAAGAAAGUGAGUUAUGGAGAUGGUUCUUCGAGGCUAUGGGAAGGACCUCUUUUGGUGUUGAUGUAUUCCUUUGUGACACUUAUAGAUUCGAUGAUGAGUGCAGUGUUCUAUUUCAGCUGCCGGGUUUAUUAUAGUAUGGAAACUUCUAGAGGUGAAACUCAACCAAUCAUGGAAACUAUUGCGGUUGUCGAUACGGAGUAAUGGUUUAGGCUGUUGAGGAUUUGGUGUGUGUUUACGAAUCAUUACUCGGCGAGUGAACAUGGAAAUGUAUUAAUUGAAGAAGAUGUAUAUCAAUGGGGUUUCAUUUGGAACAUUUUUUUGUUUUCACCAAUAAAAUUUGAUGCAUUUUUAAGGUUUUUGUUAUGUAUGAUUGCUA